GGAUGUCUCGAUUUAAUCAUGCAAUGUAGCAGGUAUGGGAAGUAUCUAGUAAGCACCCACAACCGUCCCUUCAUUUCACUCUGCAGUCCUCCCUAGUCCCUAGCCUCCCCUCUCCUCCACCCCCCACGGCCGGCGCCGGCCCCACCUCCUCCCCAUGGAGCAUUACGUGUCGUUCCCAGGCGGCCGCCACCGCACCAGCUGUUAGUCUCCCUUUCGUCCGGCCCGUGGCCCGCGUUCAUUGGUUGAGCUGUUCCACCAAUAGCAAGCCGCCAAUGCAGAUCGUCGGCGACCAAUGGCAGCGCUCCACGCGUGGCGGCUGAAUGAGGAGACGGGAGGCGUCCGCGGCGGGUCGUCGGCAUUUAUCGGUGGUGUGUUGAGGUCGGGUGGUGAAACGCCGGCGUGUCCAAAAUGAGAGUUUUGCUAUUUAUUGCACUGUUCUGUGUGGUUAGGAGUGAGGUGUUUUUCCAGGAUAAAUUCACAGAUGGAGAUGACUGGGAAAGCCGGUGGGUGUCUUCAGAACACGCCAAGGACCUGGGCAAAUUUGUGCUGAGUGCUGGCAAGUACUUCUCAGACAAGGAAGAAGAUAAAGGACUGAAAACUUCUCAGGAUGCCAAGUUUUAUGCCAUCUCUUCAAAGUUUCCUGCCAUCAACAACAAGGACAAAACGCUGGUUGUCCAGCUCUCUGUCAAGCAUGAGCAGAACAUUGAUUGUGGAGGUGGUUACGUGAAGCUCUUCCCCAGCUCCCUGGACCAGAAGGACAUGCACGGCGAGUCGCCCUACGCUAUCAUGUUCGGUCCGGACAUUUGUGGUCCUGGAACCAAGAAGGUUCAUGUUAUCUUCAACUACAAUGGAAAGAACCAUCUUAUCAAGAAGGACAUCCGCUGCAAGGAUGAUGUGUACACCCAUGUAUACACCCUGAUUCUGAAGCCUGAUAACACUUAUGAGGUUCUCAUCGACAAUGAGAAGGUCGAGUCUGGCGACCUGGAGGCCGACUGGGACAUGCUGCCGCCCAAAACCAUCAAGGAUCCGGAGGCCAAGAAGCCGGAGGACUGGGACGACAACGAGAAGAUUGACGACCCUGAGGACACCAAGCCUGAGGACUGGGACCAGCCCGAGCACGUCGCCGACCCGGAUGCCACUAAGCCCGAGGACUGGAACGAGGACAUGGAUGGCGAGUGGGAGCCUCCCAUGAUCGACAACCCCGACUACAAGGGCGAGUGGAAGCCCCGCCAGAUCGACAACCCCAACUACAAGGGCAAGUGGGUUCAUCCGAUGAUCGACAACCCCGAGUACGAGGCUGACGACACGCUCUACCUGCACGAGGACAUCGGUGUGGUGGGCCUCGACCUGUGGCAGGUCAAGUCCGGUACCAUCUUCGAUAACUUCCUCAUCACUGACGACGUCGAAGCGGCCAAGGCGGACGCGGAAGCCGUGCUGAAGCGCGUGGAAGACGAGAAGAAGAUGAAGGAGGCUGAGGAGGAAGAGGAGCGGGAACGUUUGAAGAAGGAAGCUGAGGAGGCGAAGGAGGACGAGGGAGACGCCGACGAGGAGGAAGACGAGGACGAGGAUGAGGACGACAAGAAGGAGGAUGAUGUGUUGGAAGCGCACGAUGAGCUGUAGAGAGUUCCAAGACAGCUGUAUUUAAACCGUGAUAUAUUGUCCUCGUGUGGAGCUUUGUGUUGCCGGUACCCCGGCAGGACACGCCUUUGGGGCCGUGUCCGUCAGGAAAUGCCACCUAGACGAGAGAUUGAAUGAUGAGUGCAACAAUGCGUGAUUGUGAGUGCGGUGUUGUAUGGAUUGAGUCGUGUGACUGGGGCGUUGUCAUCCGGGACGGGAGGUGGGGUUUUAUUUGGGGAUUCACCCGUGUUGUGUCACAUACCCAUUCGUGUAUGUGAGAUGUCAAGGCUCCCACAAACCACGUUUUUGUUUUGUUUAUGCAAAAUGUUAUGGCAAAGAAAUUUUGUUAUGAAAUCCAUUGAGAUUUGUCGUAUUGUAAGCUCAAUACAGUUGUGUUGGAAGUGAA